AUGGGCAUUCUCGCGCUUGUCGAGGACAGGCCGACGCCAAAGGCCGUUUACAACUGGCGAGUCUAUACCGCCGCAAGUGUCGCAUCAUGGGCGGCUUGCAUGAUCGGAUAUGAUUCAGCUUUCAUCGGUACCACACUGGCACUUCCUUCGUUCGUCGAAGAGUUCCGCUUCAAGGAGAUGACUGCAUCACAUCUCAACACUACCAAAGCCAACAUCGUCUCCGUGUACCAAGCCGGUGCUUUCUUUGGUGCUUUUGGCGCAUACGUGUCGAGUUACUACGUCGGCAGGAAGAGGUCUCUAAUUCUCUGGGUUCUGAUUUUCAUGCUAGGCGCUGGUAUGAUGCUUGGUGCCAAUCGCGAAAGGGGUCUCGGUCUGAUUAUCGGUGGCCGCGUUCUCGCCGGACUUGGUGUUGGCGGUUGCAGCAACAUGGUUCCCAUUUACAUCUCUGAGCUAUCACCACCCGCUGUACGUGGACGACUAGUCGGUAUUUAUGAGCUCGGCUGGCAAAUCGGUGGACUGGUUGGUUUCUGGAUCAACUACGGUCUUCAGGAGACCAUGGCACCUUCACACCGACAAUGGCUCAUUCCGUUUGCUGUACAGCUCAUUCCCGCAGGAUGCCUGCUCCUCGGUGCUCUCUGGAUGCCAGAAUCACCACGAUGGUAUUUGGCAAAGGGAAAGCGCGAAAAAGCCAUCAAGGAUCUUUGCUGGCUUCGCCAACUACCAGAGGACCAUACGUACAUCGUCGAAGAGCUCGAGGCUAUUGAUCAUCAACUGGAACACGAGAGAGCCACUGUUGGCCCAGGUUUCUGGAAGCCAUUCCUGGCACUCAAACAACGUAAGGUCAUGUGGCGUAUCUUCCUCGGUGGCAUGCUUUUCCUCUGGCAAAACGGAUCCGGCAUCAACGCAAUCAACUACUACUCUCCGACCGUAUUCAAGAGUCUAGGCGUUACCCAGGGUUUCCUUACCACUGGUAUUUUCGGAGUCGUCAAGACAGUUAUGACAUUCGUCUGGCUCAUCUGGCUCAUUGACUAUCUUGGUCGUACAAAACUUCUCAUGAUCGGCGCAUUUGGCGGCUCUCUAUGCAUGUGGUACAUUGCUGCCUACAUCAAGAUUGCUCAACCCGAAAGCAACCCAUCCAGCGACCUUUCACCGGGAGGAAUCAGCGCUAUCUUCUUCUUCUAUCUAUGGACUACUUUCUACACGCCUUCUUGGAACGGUACCCCCUGGGUUAUCAACUCUGAAAUGUACAGCCAGCAAACCCGAUCUCUAGGCCAAGCAUUCGCUGCGGCAAACAACUGGUUCUGGAAUUUUAUCAUCUCGAGAUUCACUCCUCAGAUGUUUUCCACCAUGGAAUAUGGUGUCUACAUGUUCUUUGCUUGCCUCAUGUUGCUCUCUAUUCCUUUUGUCUAUUUCCUGAUUCCAGAGACAAAGGGUAUCCCGCUCGAGCGCAUGGACGAGCUUUUCGAAAUCAAGCCUACACACAAAGCACAUGGCAUCAUGGUCGAUUUAUUGGCCGAACACGAGAACGACACUAUGGCACGUAGAGACGAAAAGGCGAUGGCAGAUGAGCAUAUCACAAUGGCUUAG